UGACGGUCAAGCAGAUCAGCCAAUGGCUGAGACGACUCCGCCCACUCUGUCCUCUGACCUGCUCUUCCUGUUUCUGAGGCUGUGCAGUCGGUGUUGUUUUGAGCUGGAGACUGGUGCACUCAGGUAUUCAUCUGAGACUUGCUGGUGAGAUGGCAGCCCAGGCAGACAGAGUGAUGGCGCUGGGAGAGUGGGAAGGCAGGUGGAAUGAAGGGAGGACUGGAUUCCAUCAGGCUCACAUUCACAGAUUGCUGGAGGGGAACAUUGACAAAAUUUUGUGUGGGCGACAGAAAGUUCGGUUCUUCUUCCCUCUCUGUGGUAAAGCUGUAGACAUGAAAUGGCUGGCUGACAUGGGUCAUGAAAUUGUUGGAGUGGAGAUUUCAGAGACAGGAAUAAAGCAGUUCUUUGAAGAGCAGGGUCUAGAGUACAAAGAAGAGCCAGUGGCAGCUAUACCUGAAGCCAAAGUGUAUAAGAGUUCCGACGGGAAGAUCUCCAUCUAUCAGUGUGAUUUAUACAACUUCUCCAGUGCAAUAGAGGGGCAGUUUGGUGGGAUUUGGGAUAGAGGAUCUCUGGUGGCCAUAAACCCAUGUGACAGGAGAAAGUAUGCCACUCUCAUCACAUCCUUAAUGGAUAAAGACUGCAGAUACCUCCUGGAUAUAUUUGAAUACAACCCCGAACUCUAUAAAGGUCCACCAUUUUUUGUGCCUGAAGAUGAAGUAAAACAAUUAUAUGGAGGCGCUUGUGACAUUGAGCUCUUGCAGUCGGUGGAUAGCUUUUCAGAGAGACAUAAAGCAUGGGGAAUAGAUUCACUGCUAGAGAAAGUGUUCCUGCUGACUCCGAAAGCCAACUGAGCGUAAAGGCUUUUAUAGAACAGAUGUAGCCACUGUUCUGCACACUUACACAUAGCAGAAUAGCAGAAAUGAUCAGAGAAUCGUAUCCAUUUCAUCUGCAUGUAAGUGGAUGUUUUUUUAAAGUGAACAAGUCCCAAUAAAAAGCUAUUUUAAUAUUUA